AGGAAUACAGCCCAAGUAGACGAGGUCCUGGUAGUAAUUUUCUUUCGCAGAUUCGGAUUGGACUCGGAAAAUGAUCCGCGGAAAAAAAGUAGGACCAUCAAAGACUUUCGGCUCCUUCCGAUCGCCUCUUCUCCACCGUUUCGCCAGGGUUACUCCAUCGUCGACUGUUUGCCUCUGCCCUGCCUGCGUGCGUCGUAUCUUCGGCCUGCCGACGUCCGUCGCCUGCACCGCCACAGCAGGAAGAAGGCUACCACAACCUGGGAGAUGAAGAAGCAAGGUGGACACUCAGGUGGGAGAUCUUGGUCUCUUGGGGCUUCUGCAAAAAUGAAAUCAAACAGUACCCAUUACAACCCAGCUGAAAUCAAAAAGCAAAGAGAAUUCUACAAGAAUGCCAAACAUAUAAAGAAGUACAAGAAGCUGAAGCAAAAAACUGAUCAUGAAUACAGCCAAAUGAGGAUUGAACCGAUUGAUCUGGUCCAGGAGGAAAUCAAUUCAACCAGCAGGAAGAAGCAGAGAAAGAAAAGCAACCUGCAGACUUUGAGAGAAGAAUAUGAGAAGAAGAAGCAGGAAGAAGAAAAGGCAAAAAUGGAGGCAGAGGCAAUCCAGGAAGCCAAAAAAAAAGAGAAAGAGAAGGUUAUGGCUCAGAAGAAGGAGCUGAAACAUAAAAUGCUCAAGAGAACAAGAUCAGGACAGCCUAUCAUGAAGUACAGGCUUGAUCACUUGAUAGAAACCCUCCAGCGUGGCUCAAAUUAAUAAGCUUUUGCUUGCUGUAAUUUUACUGUGUCAUUGAUUGAUUACUUUGGGAUGAUCACAAUUGUAUAUUCUUUUGGCUUUUAGGUAAAGUUGCAAGCUUAGUUCUGUGGUCAUCUUACUAUUCAGUUCUAGAACCUUGUUAUUUCACUAGAAAUUGAUGCAUUUUUGACAGAGCUUCUAUAUUUA